UUGGCCUUUUCCUCUUCCCCGAAGAAAACCCCUCCUCUCCUCCCUUGGCGGCUGCGGCCAUUAGACCCAAAUCUCUUUUCCUUCUCGAUUUAUCCCUUAAACCCUAGAUUCGAUCUGGGUUUUUCUGAUUUGGGUUAGGGCUUUUCAGAUUCUCCUAUCCCUCCUCGUCUCUUGGUCGCAUCGCCUAUCCGAGAAGGAUCUAUCAAAUCUCCAUUCCGUACCCAAGUUUCUUCGAAUGGCUACCAUCGCUCCUCCCGCGGAUCAAGCUACCGAUUUGCUGCAGAAACUGUCAUUGGACUCACAAGCGAAGGCUCUGGAGAUCCCUGAGCCGACUAAGAACCAGACUGCAGUUUACCAGUAUGCAGCUGUAGAUUCGAAUGGUCAAGUUCCGUCUUAUGAUCGAUCUUUGACACCAUUGCUCCCUAGCGACGCUCUGGACCCUUCAGUCUGUUAUGUUCCGAAUGCUUAUCAGCCCUACUAUUUUGGAGGAUAUGGGAAUGGUCAUGAAUGGGGCGAGUAUACGGGGUACACAAAUCCUGAUGGUGUUGAUAUGACUUCUCCUGGAAUUUAUGGGGAGAACGGAUCUGUUGUGUACCCACAGGGAUUCGGGUAUGCAGCAUAUCCAUAUUCCCCGGCAACAAGUCCCGCUCCAACUGUCGGCAGUGAUGGACAGAUGUUUGGUGCUCAGCAAUACCAGUACCCUUUCUUUCCUCUCUCAACCGGUUUUGCUUCCUCUGUUGCUGCUGCUUCUCAGGGGGAUAUCUCCACGAACAAAGCUGCCGAUGAGAAGACAAUUCCUGCAGAUAGUAAGAAUGCUACUGCUACUUCAAAGAGUGGUAUUGCUAAAGGAAACAAUGGCUCAGCUCUGGUGAAACCGCUGAACCAGGGUACUCUUAACUCCACUAAUUUGUACGGGAAUGCUGCUCUGGGAGGGGGUUUUGCUGCUGGUUAUCAGGAUCCCAUGUUUAGCUAUGAUGGGUUUUACGCUCCCAUGUCAUGGCAUGAUGGCUCCAAGUUUUCAGAUGUGCAGAGGCAUGUGUCUGGAAGUGGGGUUGCAUCAUCUUUUUCCAAGGCUAACAAUGUGCCUUCAUCAAGGAAUCAGAACUACCGGUCAGAUUCUCAUUACAUGGGUUUACACCAGCCCACUUCAAUGACAGGAUUUGGUACAGCUCAGGGAUACAACAACAGGUACCCAAGCAAGUUGUACAAUCAGUACGGUAGCACUGUCAGAUCUGGUAUGGGUUAUGGUUCGACUGGGUAUGAUUCAAGAACAAAUGGUAGAUGGGUGACUGCCGACAACAAAUACCAAGGCCGGGGCAGGGGUAACAAUUACUUCUCGGGAAGUGAUAACAUAGAUGGUUUGAAUGAGUUGAACAGGGGGCCCAGAGCAAAGGGCCCAAAGAGCCAAAAGGGUGCGUCGGAGGCUAGCUUUGAUGUGAAGGGGCAGACCGAACAAUCCAGUGUAACUGAGACUGGUGAGACAGACAAAACCUGUGUUGUUCCUGACAAAGAACAAUACAAUAGAGAAGACUUCUCUGAGGAUUACUCAGAUGCUAAGUUCUUUGUCAUCAAGUCAUACAGCGAAGAUGACAUUCAUAAGAGCAUCAAAUAUAGUGUGUGGGCUAGCACACCAAAUGGCAACAAGAAACUCGAUGCAGCAUAUCAGGAAGCUCAGCAGAAGCCUGGUGACUGUCCCCUGUUUCUCUUCUUCUCGGUCAAUGCAAGUGGACAAUUUGUUGGGGUCGCUGAAAUGAUAGGACCAGUUGAUUUCAACAAAAAUGUGGAGUACUGGCAACAGGACAAGUGGACUGGUUCCUUUCCUCUGAAGUGGCAUAUAGUGAAGGAUGUGCCCAACAGUUUGUUGAAGCACAUUACCCUCGAGAACAAUGAAAAUAAACCUGUUACGAACAGUAGAGACACACAAGAGGUCAAACUGGAGCAGGGUUUGAAGUUAAUAAAGAUUUUCAAAGAACAUAACAGCAAGACAUGCAUUUUGGAUGAUUUCUCAUUCUACGAGGUUCGACAAAAGACGAUUCAGGAGAAGAAAGCCAAGCAGCAGCAGCAGCAGCAUACCCAGAAACAGCAGGUCUGGGAAGGGAAAGCUACUGAUGACAAGAAGGAGCCUGCAAAUGGUUCUGCAACUGCUGAGGUGACAAAAAAGGAGUAUGCUCCAGCUUCUGGUGAUCUCAAGGUUUCUGAAAAUGGCUCAGCUGCUAAAACCGGGGAUUCUUCAAACAAGGCUAAGCUUGUAGAGGCAGUGCCAAAUGGUCUUUAGCUUCUUCACGUAGGCUUCUUCCCAUGGCAGUCCUCGACAUUAUCCCCUCAUAAGCGCCAUGGGAAAAGAAGAAGCAGCCGUCUUAUUGCAUUGCAGAAGCGUGUGGAGAAUCUGAAAUUUGCUGUGUAGGAGAAGAGGAGGCUUCUUGGAAUCAAUCAAAACUCAAAAACGUUGGUAGUGCCGACAAACCCUUUUUCUUGUUUUAGGAUCUGAUCUGACUUUGCCCUCUAGAAGUUGUUUCCCUUCAUGUUUCAAGCAUAUUUUCCUUUUACAUUGUUCUUAUUUUUCCUGCCUUGUAUAUGCGUAGAAGCAGGGUGGGAUUUGUCUUUUUUUUUUUUUUUGGAUUUUAGGCAGAGACAGAGAUUUCGAUUUCGUGUUUUUUUUUUUUGUUCUCUUGUUUGGGGGGGUGGGGGUGUUUAAAUUCUUAGUUUCCUUUUUUCUUGGUUUCAGACACAUAUGACCCUUUUGAGUUCUUGAUCUGGUUUUAAUUUCCAGUUUAGAUUUUAUGAUAUAUGUCAUCUUUUUCUA